GUGUGAGAAGAAAACCUUCUCACCUCCACUUGAUAUUUCUCCUGAGUUGGAAAAGAAAUUCACCGAUUUCAUGGAGAAAACCAAGUUCAUCAACAAGACCAUGAAGAUAUUUCAAGGCAAGUUGGAGUUCAAAUUCCCUUUGAUGGACAUGACCUUGGACCCAGAGACGGCCAACGUGGAGCUUUACCUCUUAGAAGACCACAAAGGUGUGUGGUGGAGAAGUUCUAAACAAGAUCUACCUUCCAACCCCAAGAGGUUCAAGUUCCAUCCUUGCGUGUUGGGUUCCAGAGGUUUCACAUCAGGUUGGCACUGCUGGGAGGUGGAGAUCCAUGGAGAAGGCAUGUGGGCUGUUGGGGUGGCCAAGGAGUCAAUACCAAGGGAGACACCGUUUGCCUUGAAGCCCGACGUUGGGAUAUGGGCGUUGUGUCAUAGUAAAGAUGGCUACAAGGCUUUGACUUCUCCUGAUGUCACCAACUUGACCUUCCAUGAUGUCCCUCAAAGGUUAAGAGUCUGCUUGGACUAUCAAGAAGGAAGGGUGGUGUUUAUGGAUGCAACCAACAAAGGGUUGAUCUUUACUUUUCCAAGAGCUUCUUUCCAAGGUGAGAUGAUCUACCCAUG